AUGACGAUAGAGACGAAGAAGGAGAAGAAGGAGAAGAAGGAGAAGAAGGAGAAGAAGGAGAAGGAGAAGAAGGAGAAGAAGGAGAAGAAGGAGAAGAAGGAGAAGAAGGAGAAGAAGGAGAAGGAGAAGAAGGAGAAGAAGGAGAAGAAGGAGAAGAAGGAGAAGAAGGAGAAGAAGGAGAAGAAGGAGAAAAAGAAGAAGAAGAAGAAGAAGAAGGAGAAGGAGGAGAAGGAGGAGAAGAAGAGAGACGAAGAAGGAGAAGAAGGAGAAGAAGGAGAAGAAGAAGGAGAAGAAGGAGAAGAAGAAGAAGAAGAAGAAGAAGAAGAAGAAGAAGGAGAAAAAGACAAAGAAAAAGGACAAGAACAAGACUAG